GGAUUUUAUUUAUAAAGAAAAAAGGAAAAAUGAUCUUAAUCGUACGGCCAGAACUCAUCCAUUUACUACGCCGCCCGGAUCAAUUGAUCUGUCCUCGCUCGUCGUCAUGGUCUGGCGGAUCUUUUCCAAUUUCCGGCUCCGGCAGAUCUCUCUUGCAGUCGCUUUACCUUCUUCCGCUUAUCCUUUUCCCAAUUCAGGGUCCGAAUGCUACUGACCCACUCAGGUGAUACCGCCUGGGAUUCAGUUUCUUCCUGCUGAUUAAAUCUACAGUUACCAAGUUAACUAUUUGCUACAGAAUUGUCCAUUGUAUCUCCAUUUAUGGGUACUGAGGAUUUCAUUGGACUGCCAGCUUCUGGUGAUUCUGGUAAUGAUGACGAGAGUAAUGAGUCUCUUAGCUGUAAUGAAAGAAGAGAAGCUUAUUCUCAAUCAAGUAUUUUGAAGUGCAAGGACGAUGAUGCAAGCAUAAAGAGGGUUGAGCUUGAGGAUGGACAGUUUGAAGAUACGCAUUGCAUACCUCAAUCUGACCUUAAUGAUGAAACACAACGUUCUGAUUCGGAUAUGGAAAUUGAGGAUUUGAAUAACCUCCCAGAUUUUAGUAAUACUAGAAGUAGAAAUGGGAAUAAUACAAUACGGACUGAAGCAGAAUACCUGUCAGUCAACUCUGCAGAUGAGAGCAUACAACCAAGCAGAGAGCUCUUGCAGCAGAAUGAACUUCGUCAGAGAUAUGGAGAUGUUUAUGAUGCUGAAAGUAGAAAUUUUGAAAAGGAUUUGGUUGGUAAUUCAUCCUUCUUGAAAACUGGUGGUCAAUUGUCUGUAACCAACAGAGUUUCAAUUGAGUUGAAUGGAUUUAACUCUGGAGUGCCCGUUGAGAAUGGUUUGUCUCCAUCCCAUCUUGGAGGCCCCAGUAAGAUUCACAGGAGUGGUGGUACAAUAUCAGGUGUGAAAAGACCAAGGACAGCAAUGGAUGAGCAACAGCCUUCAGUGCACAUCGUGUAUAAUUCUUUAACAAGAGCUAGUAAACAAAAGCUCGAGGAAUUAUUAAAGCAGUGGUCUGAGUGGCAUGCUCAACAAGGUUUUCUAUGCCAAGAUGAUAAAGAAUCUGAAAAUCUAGAAUCUGGAGAAGAGACAUUUUUUCCUGCUCUAUUUGUUGGCACAAAGAAGAUUUCAUCCGUGACUUUCUGGAUUGACAACAAAAAAAGUGAACAGCAGCAAAGUUUUAUUCCUUUAGACGAUAAUUCUGUGCCACUAUAUGAUCGGGGAUUCACUUUAGGACUGACUUCAGCCAAUGAUUCGAGUAAUACGGAAGGAGGUCAGAAGAUAAUUGAUGAUGCUAGCCGAUGUUUCAAUUGUGGUUCUUACAAUCAUUCCUUAAAGGAUUGCCGGAAACCUAGAGAUAAUGCUGCAGUUAAUAAUGCCCGCAAUAAGUCUAAAAAACAUUAUAGUUCUGGCUCACGCAAUUCAACCCGAUAUUAUCAGAAUUCACGCGGUGGGAAGUAUGAUGAUUUGAGGCCAGGAGCUCUUGAUGCUGAAACACGGCAAUUGUUAGGUCUCAAGGAACUUGAUCCGCCCCCUUGGCUUAACAGAAUGAGAGAGCUGGGAUACCCACCGGGAUAUCUAGAUCCGGAAAAUGAGGAUCAGCCGUCAGGGAUUACAAUAUUUGCUGAUGAGGAAACAGACGAAAAGGAAGAUGGGGAAAUUACUGAGACAGAGUAUAGUAACCCACGAAAGAAGAUGAGUGUUGAAUUUCCUGGCAUAAAUGCUCCAAUCCCAGAAAAUGCAGAUGAAAGACUUUGGGCUGCUGAACCUUCAAGUUCAGGUCUUCCUAGAAACUGGUCGAACCAGCGCUUGAACCAUCAUACAGAUUAUGAUGGGAGGGGGAAUGAUCACUCUCAACCACGAUGGUCCCGGGAUUACAGAGACGACGGACCUCCAGGCGUUGACUCGGUAAAAAGUCCUCCCAUGUCGUUCACUCCGAGGUAUGGUGGUCAAGAUUUUAGUUACGACUCCCAAAGUUCAAGGGGUACGUCAAGGACCCCAAAUUUGGGGAGGGUCCACUCAGAUAGAGGUAGAAGAAGCCCAGUGCAUGACGACGAUUACUCGAGAUAUGGCUCUCAGAGUUCUCCGCUGUUUUCACCACCAAGAAGACGCUGAUAUUUGGAGAUUAAUAGCCAGGCUUUGUAGAAAUAAAUACCUUCUGAAGGAAUUGAGGCUGUGAAGUGAAAUAGGUUUGACAUCCUUAUUUCAAAGCUGGUGAAGAUCAGGUGACUUGAAUUUGAAAGAAUUAUUUGUGGAAAUAAACUAGAGAUAGAGAGCCUGUAUAGAAGAAUCAUAUAUGGGUGAGUCUUUGAAAUCAGUUGCUGAAUUUUUGACUUUCUGCUGUAUAUGGGUUAUUCACUUGUACUGAUUUCUCAUGCUCCAUACUAGCUUAGCUGCAAUGGAUUCUUGGGCUACCUUCAGAUCUUCCUGCUCCCCAUGGAUAUGAGCUUCAGUUUCUAAUCUCCCAUUUUUCAACCACUCCUCAGAGCCGAGCUUCACCCAGCCCGCAUUUCCUUUUCUUGAAGGGGGCCAAAGUGGUUCGGGGGCAUCAGCGAUCAGAAGGGGUUUCUUUCGUCUGAUAGAGAAGUGACUAUUAAAAGGUUUGAAAAGAGGAGCAUGAAGGAGCGAAGCAAGCUGUGAGACCCAUAGGUAAUCUCAGCCGUAUCUUCUCCGCCUCGAGAUUCCUCUCCUUGGAUUUCAUAGGCCAUUCUCUUUGUUCAAAGCUUUGAACUUUGCAUCAUAAUUUGCCUCUUUCUCCUUCAACUUCUCCAUUCUCUUUUCCAGAGCCUGCUCUGUUUUAUAACAACCUUUUAUGCCAUGUGCUUGAUUUCAGCUUCCUUUUAUCUACUUCAGACACUUCGUUUUCCAACUCUU